CGGCCCCCCGCCGCCGGAGCACCGCCGCCCCGCACCCCGCUCGGGGCCCGCCGCCACCGCCGCCGCCUCUGCUCGUGUUGCCAAUAAACCGCUGUGCUCCUGCCCUGCCUGCUCUCUGCGUGCCUGCCUGGGGCCGGGCCGCGGGAUGCCCGGCUCCCUGCCACCUCCCGGAUGUCCAGAGCCUGCCCUUCCAUCCGCCUGACCCGCGGGGUUCGGGCACACGUUCCUCCCCACGCGUGGGGGCUGUGCCACAGGCGCCGCGGGCCGGGCUGUUGUCCGCUCCUGGAGGCACUUGACCGGCCUUUAGGGUGCUUUGUGCUCCUGCUAGGAUCACAGCAGAAAAUCUGAUGAUCCCUAUGGUCUGGAGGGUGUCUCAGCCUUCACAUGUACGCGUUUAAGGACAGUGUGGGGACAGCAGGCUCACCUGGCGUGGUGCACAUGCCACAGGAGAGGGCCCUUUGCCAGCAUACGGGAAGAGGUGUUUCUCCUCUCUGCAAGUGGCAAGGAGAAGGAAGUCUCUCAGCCCUUCCUACCACUCCUCUGUUUAUCUCAGUUUUUCAGUGGGCAUCUAGAUCUGCGGAUUCACUGCUCAUACUUAGUGUUUGUUGGGAAGUCCAUGGAAUUUGUGUCAGCAAAGGUUUUAUUGCUUCCCAGCAGGCUUUAAGUGUCUUGGUAUAUUCUCCAGCUGUAAUCUUAGCUUUUUCAUGAUGGCACUGUCAUGCCUGCAGUGUUUACUGAGCACCUGGGUUAGUUAAUGUCUGUUAUAUUUUUGAGGUUGUCUGACAUCAGCUGGUUCCUUGUUGCCUCCGAGCUCACACUUUUGUCCUCCAUAGGAAUCUCUGUUUUCCAUUGUUUGAAUAAGUGCUUCUCCAGCUUUUCCCUCAGCUUUUGUGGUUGCUGUCAGGUUGGGCUGCACAUCAGGGAGGCUUGGGUGUGUUUUGAGCAUAGUACCUCUGGAAAUGGGUGCUUUGUAGCAGCUCUGCAAUGGAGUGAAACAGCCAUGGGUCACUGCCCUUAGGUGUAGGGGCUUUAUCAAAUUAGACUGUUGUCAUAUGAAGAUUGAUAGAUGGAAGGAAAGCAGCUCUCUCUUGGCUCCAGGGUGGCUGCUCCAUAGCCAAAGUACAUCAGAAGUACUGCCAUGGCCCAUGCAUUGCUUACUGUGGAUGUGCUGGAGUCCUGAGAUCUCUGUCACUGGAGAUAACUCGGUGUUCAUCUGGAGAAGACCCUGAACUAAUUGUAGUUGGCUCUGCUUUGAAUGGCAGGGGGUUGAGGCAGAGACCAACAGAGGUUCUUGCCUAAAUUAUGCUGAGAUUCUUCAAUCCAAAGACUGAAUUAGAGACACACACAGUACCACAGACAUCCCUGGGACUGGGUCUGUACUUGGCUGAUCUCUUAACUCAAGAUCCAUUGCUUGUUUCUGUUCCCAGCUAGUAGUAUGGUGUGUCUGAGAUCCCUUCUCCUGAGUGGCUGUUGUAGUGUGUCUUUUUCCUCUGAUACCAGGAUUUCUCAAAGGAGUAGGUUUUGCCACACAGUUGGUGGGAUCUGCUGGAUGGUACCACUCCUCCCAGGGUAUCUUCUCUCACAGAGCUUCAGCAAAGGAAUUGGCCUGUCUGGUUCAUCUCCCAGCAGUGAUGCUGGGCAGCUCACUGCAGUACAGAGUUCUGUCCUUUUGCUUUCAAAGAGUCUUGCUAGUUCCCUAAGGAACCAGGUUCUCUGGUUGGAUGCUGUUUAUUCCAGGCCAUCUCUGGGAGGUGAAACCUCAUGGUCCUCAGGCUGAUACUGCUUCCUCAGGCAGCCUCGUAAUAGAUGGAGCUUUGAUACAUUUCAUUAUUUUAAAUACUGAGGAAUUCUGUUUACCUUUUUUUCUUUGUACUGUAUUUUCGUUUUUGGGGUUUUGGGGUUUUUUUUCAGAAUAUGAUGCCCCAGGAACCUACAUUAAACUUUUCUGGAGUGGAUUUGUGUAUUCUAAUUUAGAUGACUGAUUUAUGUGGCACGUUAGUGGUUCUGUUAUUCCCACCACACAUUAAUGUAGCAGGAGAUGGCAGUGUCCUCACACCAUGCUGUCCUCAUCUCCUGAGAGGGCUGGGUGCUCUAUAUAUGGUUAGCAGAGACCUGUUGGUGGUCUGAGACCUUCUCCCAGAGCCUAAACUACAGAGAAGCUGUUUUGAAACUUGUUGUGAAGGUGCCAGAAUUGAUCUAGAGAGCCUGAGCCAAUCUGCAGCUUGAGAAAGGUUUGCACUGUCAAAUGACAGACAGUGGGCUUGUGGUGCUCCCUGCCUGCUGGACAGGCAGCCAGCCCUCAUGGAGUGAUGGGAGCAGUCCAGCAGUCCUCAUUAGAGGCUCUGAGGGGUGGGAAUGGGCUGUAGUGUUUUGAUCUGGGUGGAAGACAAGGUGUAUUGGCAUCACACUUUGCAUGGUGUCAGCAGAAGAGGGAUCUAGAACUUGAUUCAAGCUUUGCAUUGCCCAAAAAAGUUGUCUCUGAUCCAGAGUACAUCUUUUAAGAUGAAUGGAUUGGACCAGACUUCUUAAAUAGUUCUAGCUUUUAGUAAAUACCUUUUGAGCUCUCCCAGUGCCUACUGCGAGCAGACCCUAGAUUUUAGGAAACGCUUUGAAAGUCAAAUGUACCUUCAUCCCCUUUAUGUUGCAGGUGAUUGAACCUCAUAAUUCAGUGAGCUGAGGUGAUCUCAAGAGAGGAGUGUUUUAGGACAGAGCUGAGUUGUUGAGAAUGCGCUGCACUUUGAUCCUAAGAGCUUUGCAAGGCUGAAUUUUAAAGAUCCCAGAAGAAGGUGUCUUGCUUGCAUCCUGGUGCCAAGGCACCGACAGCAGUGGAUGUCACUGGUGUAGUUGUCUCACAAAGGGAAGACUGGCCCUGCCAGCCUGGGAUUGCUGCUGCUCCCCAGGUCAGUGAGAUGGGAAGGUUGCAGGAGUGUGGGAGGUCUCCAGAUUCACUGAGACUUUGUGUUCAAUUUCCAAAAGCUGCCAGCAGUACUGCUCUGAGCUCUGCAGGUCCUGGGACCUGGGGACUUGGCCUUAGAGUUUAAAAGCUUUAGUGUGGCUGUACCAUGAACUCACCUUUCCACUCACCUUCCCCAUCUUUCUCUCCCUGUGCAGUCUGACACAGCCUGUGUGUUUUCACUUCAUAUCACAGAAGUGUGAAGCCAGUAGUUGACACAACCCUUUUUUGGAGGAGAGGAUUAUUGUUGGAGCCUCGCAGCGACCACAGAGAGGCACACGGCGUGAAAGGAAACACAAACCAGGAAGAAACUCGGCUUUCACCUCGGCCACGGCCUGCCAGGACAUCUUCCCGUGGAACCAACUGCUAGGACCAACCUAAGACUUGCAGACAGGCACAGCAAUGGAGAAUUUGGAUGUCCCAAUCCCAGAUCUUACUGAAGAACAGCGAGACAUUUUUCAGAGAGUAUUUGCUGCUGAUGCCAAGUACUUGGAGAAUCAUGAGAAAAUGAACCAGUCCUUCUGGGAAUCACUUGUAAAAUGCUUGGCCACUACUGACCCACCUAUCCUGAAUACUGAAGAAAAGAACAAUCUCCUUAACAGCUGUGAUGUCCUCCCUGGAGGCUGUGCUGGCUGCCUGAAAGCCAUAGAGGAGAAAGGAGUCAGGGCAAUGGCUCUUCUUUACCUUUUGCUGAAGACUUCCAACCCUUCUGGGUACAGGCAGCUGCCCAGCUCCAAGGGAAAGGAUGAAAAAUUGAAACUCCUGAAGAGAUUGGAAAGGAAUUUUGUGUAUUCGGAAGAGGACAAAAAGUCUGAAAACUCAUCCCAUGAGUCCAUGGAUGAAGAUACACAAGGAAUACCAGCAGAGGUGGUUCCCUACAGAGAUUCAGAGAUUGCCAGAAGAGAAGAUUCAGAUGCAGAUGCAUAUGAGAAGGAGAGCACUCACCCCCCUCAGUGGACAGUACGGUGGAUGGGCAUCCGGAAGGAUGAUGAAUUCUUUCAUUUUGUCAUUCUUUGCUUUGCAAUCGGAGCUUUACUAGUUUGCUACUACUACCACCAAGAUUGGACUAUUUCUCUUGGGAUUGGUUUAAUCACCUUUGCUUCCCUGGAAACCACUGGGAUAUACUUUGGUCUAGUGUACCGAAUUCGGAGCGUCCUUGACAGCUUUGUUCCUCUUAUUGACAGAUUCAGGCCAAGAGGCAUGAGGAAAGCUGCCUAGGAGGAGUAUUUCAUAAUUCCCCAAACCUGGCUGUCCAAAUUUCCAGUACUAAAGGAACUGCUUUAUGAGGUGAACCUAAGAACCAAAUGGCCAAUGUGAAAUACUGAAAUGUGAAACCUCUGAAAAACGUCACUCCUUUCCCUCCAAAAUAAACCUGAAACUGGGGUACGGGGCGCCACUCUGGAUUCUAAGUGGUUUGGGGCUCAGCAGAGCUUGGAAGACAAUGAAGCUGUAGCUUUGUGUUCAAUUCCAUGUAAAUAUAAACACAUUCAGCUCCCCUCCCCCAGACAGCCAUGUGGUGCUGCAUCUCUCAUUCCUAAUAAAUCGCACCAGUCUUCCUGUGGUGUACCAAAACCAACAGACCAAUUCCUGUGCUGGUUCUGGCUUAGGCUCUGGCUGUUUCUGUAGGAAUUUUGGCCUCCUCCUCCCCCGGGUGCUGCCCAGAGCAGGCAGAGGCCAGCACUUCACUCCUGGCUGAGCCCCGGCAGUGCCGGCACUGGGGCUGAUGAAUUGAUUGUGGCAGAACUCGGAGCAGGGGGCGGGCAGUGGUUUCACCCGAGGAGAGCUGAGGAGAUGUUACAGGCACUGACAGAGUGCUGCAGUAAUGAGAUUAUUAACAACAACAGAUUUCAUCUUUUCUCAGGGGAGAACAAAGUGCUUGAUUUGACUCAUCUCCCAGCCUUUUUCUUUCUUUGAGUAAAAUCAACACGGAACUUUGAUAUUCCUUUCAUUUUCUAGGAUGCAUUAUACGUUGCAAGAAUGUAGGGCUACUGGAAUCAUAGGAAGACUGC